CUGCAGGGCCCUUUUGUAGCAAGACAAGACAAUACACGAGUCAAAAAGAUAACUAAAUAGGUUGCACGUUGCCAAACCUGCCCUGAAGUGGUCCAGAGCUUAAAUUCGUUUCACCUUCACCCCCGUCACAUCCAUGCCUCCGAGGACCAUCAUUCGUAAAGAAGAGUGGGAGCGGCGUCUACGCGAGGUUCAGGUCACGAAAGAUGACUUGAACCGACUUAUUAUGGACUACCUCGUCAUCGAGGGAUACAAGUCUGCCGCAGAGGAAUUCAGUGAUGAAGCCAAUGUUCCACCACCUGUAGACUUCGAGAGUAUCGAAAGUCGCAUGGUGAUUCGAGAAGCCCUGCAACGGGGAGAUAUCGAGGAAGCCAUUUCCCGCAUGAAUGACCUGAAUCCUGAGAUCCUCGAUACGAACCCUGCACUGUACUUUCACCUUCAGCAGCAGAAGCUAAUCGAGCACAUUCGGCAUGGGCGUAUCACAGAGGCAUUGACAUUUGCACAAGACGAACUCGCGCCAAGAGGUGAAGAAAGUCCAGAGUUUCUUGCGGAGCUCGAACGUACGAUGGCACUUUUGGCGUUCGACUCUUCAUCCUCGGCCCCUCCAGCUAUAUCCGAACUUCUUUCACCCGCACAGCGGAUGAAAACCGCUGGUGAGGUUAAUGCCGCAAUCCUCGAAAGUCUUAGUCAGGGAAAAGAGGUUAAACUAGUGCAGCUUUUGAAGCUUUUGUGCUGGAGCGAGGGGAUGUUGGCGGAUCGUGCAGAUUUUCCCAAGAUUGAUCUUCAAGAGGGAUUGGUGGCGACGGGCCGAAAAGAAGCAACAGAUGAUUCCAUUAUGGGAGAAUGAGGGUCAGCAUGUAUAGUAUCGAAUGUAUCAUAGUAGAGGGCGUAACAUGGAUGAGUUGUGAGCAUUUA